AUGGUCUGUCCUCCAGGACUUCGAUGGUUCCUUCUUACCGUCCUCUUGCACGCUGUCGCACCCGGGGACACCCGCGAGAGACCGAGGCAAUGUGACCCACCGAAGUCGGUGAGUUGUGCUGGGUGGUUACAGUUACUUACCUGUUUCAGUAAUGUCAUGAAGCAAUGUCACACAUGAAGAUGUCCUUGAAUGGAUAGAUAGCCUUUUAGCUAAAUAUUUUGGGUUAAUUGCAAAUUAUGUGUCUAGCCUACAACUGUCACAGUAGGCUAAAACAAAUUAUACAAUUUAAAUAAACGCACUUUGCUUACACAACGUUCCUGAAUCAGUUGUCUUAUGUGCGACGGGUAGGCCUAUAGAAAAAUAGUGAGCUAUUGUGUAGUUAUUGGGUUUUGUAUAACAACCAAAUUAACAAUAACAACAACAACUUUUGAGUUUUAUUGUCAUGGAAAUAUUGACAUGGUAUAAUAACUACCUACACGUUUAACAAGAACAAUAAUUAUGUUUAUAGCAACUUUAUUAGGCUACCGUAUUAUUAUAGUAUAAUUAUCACAUGUAUUAUUAUUAAUAUUAUUAUUAUUAUGAUUAUUAUUAUUAUUAUUAUUUGGCUAUAAUUAUGCCAUCAUAUAUUGUUAGGCUAAUCCAUUAUUGGGGAUUAUUAUAUGUGAAAGCCCAUGGCCUAUAACUGAAACCAUUUCCAAUCAGCAAAGUUGCUUCCAAUGGCACCUCAAAAAAUAAUGUAUCAUACUUGACAUAGCCUAUUCUUGAGUUUCCUCACAUAAAUCUGGGCCUGAAAAAUGGAAACAGCCUCCUGGCAAAAUGUGUACAUGCGCAAUAUGGUUCUUGCCCGCCAACCCUAUGCCUGUUUAUAUGACAAAAGAAAGUGGGGAACACAAACGGGUGACUUGACUUUACAUACAUUUAUUUGGAAAAGUUGCAAGGACCUUUCAAUCAAAACGGAUUAAGUUUAAAUGAAACACGACCCAUUAAAACAGUUAUCUGGCAUAUUUGCAAAGUUUUGGAAUGGGCUAGUUUUCACAAAGGGAGUCAGCCCAUUCGAAUUCAAUUAAUUGUAUUGUUAUUUUAUCUGGCCAGGGCCGUGUUGCGCUCGCUCCCGUCUGUAUGUCUCUCAGUGUGAAUUUAUCAUCAGCACAAGAGAAGAAUCAGAAGAAACUUAAUUAGAAUCAUGAGAGAGACAGUGAGUGCCGCACGCGUAGGCUACAUGACUGGCUUGGAUAGGCUACAAAUUCCCAGAUAGAAACGCAAUAGGCCUACAUCAUAACUAAAAUUACAUGACUUCAGCACUAACGUUAAUUACAGUUCAUUUUAACGGGGCAUGAUGUAAUCUAUUAAUAUAAUACAAAUGUGUUAAAUAUACAUUAUUGAAAAUAUUGAUCAGGGUUGACUUGAUAGCAUUGCGACAACAUAGUCCACAAAAUAAUGAAAGUGUUGGUAUUGUUAACCUGUAUCUUAUAUUGGCAUUGUGGUCAGGGUCCAGGGAUUAACUGUAUAUGUUGUUCCCCCUUCAUGUGAUUUGUAAUACGUCAGUACAGAGCUCUCUGUUUUGUGUUAAAAGUAAUUACCCAAUAAAAUUGAACUGUUCGCGUCAGUGCUCCUGAGCGAGUGCUCACUAGAAAACAGCACGCGAGGAGCUCUCCUCAGGUCUCGGCCAAGUCAAGUAUAACGGACUUCAUCUAUCCUUAUUCGAUCGUACAGAAGUCUUCCUGUCUCCGUGAAGUUGACGAACAGACUUUGACGAUUUCAUGAUUAACAAAUUAUAUGUAUAAAGUCACCAAAAUAUAUAGCCAAAAUAUAGUCCAAAUAUAAUAGUAAGAGAGGUAGGCGUCAUCCAUGCAUUUCUUUUGUUGUAUUUAAUGUAUAGUCAUGUAAAAAAUUAUUUCCAAAGAAACGUUUUAAAACGUCUUAAUCACAAAUUGCAAGUGUGAGAUGAUGUGCGAACAUUCCAGUAUAAAACAUAGUUCAAUGCAAUAAUUAGGCCUACGGCAGAAAAUUAUGCAAAUGUUAUUUAUGACAAUAACAAUCCCUUGCAAAAACAAUAAUAUUUCCAAAGAUGUAAUGCCUUUUGGUAGGGUUUUGAAAUCCUUUAAAAAAUCUAAUUUAAAAUGACAAAUGGCAGCAUGGCAUUGGAAUUACAAUUGUAAUUACAACUGGGGAAGUUUUCAUUGAAUUAGGGUAGAAAUAAACAUUUGAAUGGGCUCGGCUCCCACAUAGCAUAUGAACAUAUCAUAAGACAUGAAAUAAAUGUUUAGAAUGACAGGAAAUUUGCUUUAAAACUGAAACAUUUUCUCUCAGCCUCCUGGCAAAAUGUGUAGAAUGUCAGGAAAUUAGUUCUAAGACAGCAACAUUUUACAUUUACAUUUUAGUCAUUUAGCAGACGCUCUUAUCCAGAGCGACUUACAGUUAGUGCAUAAAUGAUUUUAUCGAACCCACAACCCUGGCGUUGCAAACGCCAUGCUCUACCAACUGAGCUACAUCCCCUGCC